CGGCUCUCGCGACAGCUCCGCGCAGAAAAUGGCCCCGCGGCCGCGCCGCCGCUGAUGCGCGCCCCGGGCGGCUCCGGCCCCCCCCGCAGCCCCGCAUCGCCUAGAGAAGACGCCAUUGGCGGCGAGCCCCUGGCCUCGUGCACGCCACCAGCCGGGCCAUGAAGACAGAGAAGGACGAGGCUCUGCCCCCCUUCUCUCUGGGGGGUAAAUAUGCUGGAGAAGGGGCAGGCUGCAGCGAAGCGGCUCUGCCUGGCGGCCCCAUGCCAGCAGUGGGGAGUGGAGGAGCCCCCGCGCAGGACCUGCGGCUGCUGAAGCGCAGGCCGGCCUCAGGGAAGCACUACGCCUGCUCCAGCUACGGCUGCAAACUGGCCUUCCCCAGCAUGCAGGAGCUGAUGGACCACCUGAAGGUCCACUACAGACCCACGCAAUCCCUUGAGGGCAAAACCUUCCAGUGCCCCACGCUGGGCUGCAUGGAGACCUUCCCCAGCAUGCAGGACCUCAUGGCCCACAUGAAGGUGCACUACAAGCCAAACCGCUACUUCAAGUGUGAGAACUGCCUGCUGCGCUUCCGCACUCACCGCUCCCUCUUCAAACACCUCCACGUCUGCUCUGACCGCGCUGGCAGCCCCGCACCACCCCAAAAAGCCGAGAAGCCUGUCCUGCCUGCUACCUCUGCCCUGGAGAAGGAGCCCCCGGCCAAGGCAGCCGAGGGGCUGCCCAAGCUCCCGAGCAUUAUCCGGCACACAGAGAAAGAAGCCAUCCUCCCCGGCGCGGACACUACCCCAGCGGCGCCUGCCACGCUGCCUGCCAGCCUGCCCGAGCUGCCCAGCUCGCUGGAGGCGAUGCCGCUCGUCUCGCCGGCCCCCCACCCCUUCCCGCUGCUGGAGCCCAACCUUUUCGGGCCAUCAUCCUUGACUCGGUUCUCGGGGCCGCCCCCCUCCUCGGUGCCGUUCCUGUCCUACGUGCACCCGUCGCCCUACGGUUUACCUCCGCCCCCGGCGCAGCCCCGCUUGCGGCCCUUCGUGCCCAGCCACGGCUCCCCUGUCUCCAACGCCGUCUGGAAGAAAAGCCAAGGUGUGAGUGUCAGCCCACUCCUCCCAUGCUUUGGCUCAGGAGUGACCGCAGGGCACGCCUCCAACAGCCGCAUCGUGUGGGAGCACACGCGGGGCCGCUACACCUGCAUGCAGUGCCCCUACUCCACCGCCUCGCGGGAGGAGAUGACGCUGCACAUCGAGGACCACCGCAAGAACCUGCCGCCACCCGGGCGCCUGGACGCGGACAUGGAUUUCGGGGUGGGCCUCGCCUCCUUCCACUCGAAGCUGACGCCGGAGAUGGAGAACUCCCUGUACUCGCAGCUCUGAGGGGCCUGGCCCCCAUUGGGGAUCCCCCGCACCCUGGCUGGGCAAAGGGCACCGCAGACCCCAUGCCACUGCACUGGGACAGGGACACUGGAAGCAUCGCCCCAGCGUGGGGUGGCAGAGGGGGGGACAACCUUUGUUUUCUUGACUUUCUACUCCCCUCUCCCUUUUAUUUUUGGAAACGCUAAGCCCCUGGACCCUGCGUGUCCCUCCCUCUCCUAAAGGUUUUUCAUUGCCCCAAGGCUCAGGGGGAGCCUGGUGGAUGCUCUAGAGGUGGUGGACUUAUCUGAAACGAGGCCUGGAAGUUAAUAAAUGGGAAGUGUACAGGA